UGUAUCUCCAUUCUUGCAGGAGUGGUUUGUAAAGGCUUCUUGCUGCAGUGUCUGGUGGCUGUGCUGACCACAUGAUGGGGCCAGUGAGCAAGAUACCACUGAUGUCAGGUGGUGGUUCUCCAACAUGUCAGCUUUUCAGGAACGAAGCUUUACAAGCAGAGAGUUUUAAUGAUUUUAUGACAUUUUUAAAUUCUUACUAAAUUACUAAAAUCACCAAAGCAGGAGAUAUCAGCUGACAACACCAUCUGUGACAAUGUAGCAGAGGCUUCUGGUGCAAUAAAGUCAAAAAGUGUGUGUGUUUUAAGCUCAGUGGGGUGGGCGGGCAAGAUUUGAGCUCCAUUUAUAGACAUACUGUACAUAGAGAGAGAGUCUAUGUGAAUGCAUGUGCACCAGUGAAUACAGCUGCCACUCAGAGGGAAGGAUAUCACACUUUAAAACCUCCAAAAGAAAGAUUCAAUUAUAAAAAGGAAUCAACCUCUACUGGAGCAGCACAACUUGUGAACUGUCAUGGCUCCCAGCUUGGCCCAGGCGUAUAGGAGGAGGUGGUGGAUGGCUAUCACAGCCAUUAUAGAGAACCUGCUCUUCUCUGCUGUUCUGCUGGGCUGGGGCUCACUGCUCAUCAUGCUGAAGAAUGAAGGCUUCUAUUCCCACCUUUGCAUUGAAAAUGAGACUGUCAACACCAAUGUGACUUCUUUGGAGAGCGGUGUCUGGCGGAGUUGUGUGGAGCAGGAAGAGAUACUGAAUCUUGGCUUCACCAUUGGCUCAUUCCUCUUGAGCGCAGCCACUUUGCCCCUGGGGAUCUUGAUGGAUAAAUACGGGCCACGCCCACUAAGGCUCAUUGGCAGUUUGUGUUUUGCGGCUUCCUGUGCAAUGAUAGCUGCCGCUGCAUAUGACCCUGAAGUGCUGUCUGUCCUCAUCUUCCUUGCUGUUUCUUUCAACGGCUUUGGAGGAAUCUGCCUGACCUUCACCUCACUCACACUGCCUAACAUGUUUGGGAAUGUCCGAUCAACCAUCCUUUCCCUGAUGAUUGGCUCCUACGCUUCGUCAGCCGUCACCUUCCCUGGUGUCAAGCUGAUUUACGACCUUGGCGUGUCGUUCCGUGUCAUCAUGUGGGUUUGGUCCGGGAUGGCCUGCAUGGUCUUCCUCAACUGCUUCCUAAACUGGCCCGCUGAAUCCUUCCCUGCGCCCGAGGACAUCAGAUACACUAAAAAGGUGAAGCUGAGUGGGGUUGUGACAGAGGACAAGAUGACUGGGGACAGGUAUGUCACCCACAUGACCAUCGUGGAGGACACAAUGGGAGCCAAGCAGCCAGAACUCAAGCAGACAGACUGCCAGAGCACAACCCAGGGCUCAGUGCCGCUCUGUCAUUCUAUGUGCUCUCCCAUCUUCCUGUGGAGUCUCAUCACCAUGGCAAUGACCCAGCUGAGGCUGAUCUUCUUCAUGGGUGCCAUGAACAAGAUGCUGGAGUUUCUGGUCACCCAUGGCGACCCUAACCUAUCAGAAGAGCUGCAGCAGGAGGCUGAGGAACAAGUUGGUUUCUACUCAUCUAUCUUCGGUUCAAUGCAGCUGCUAUGUCUACUGACCUGUCCUCUGAUUGGCUACAUCAUGGACUGGAGGAUGAAGGAGUGUGAAGAGGAAAACGCAAAAACACAAACAGAGAAGAGCCAAUCAGAUCCCCCAAAGAGAGACAGAAAGAUCCAGAAACUGACCAAUGCCAUGAGAGCUUUCAUCUUCACUAAUGUCCUGUUGGUCACCUUUGGAAUAAUUUCCAUGAUUGACAACAUGCCCUUACAGGUGCUGGCGUUUGUUCUGCAUACCAUAGUGAGAGGAUUUAUCCACUCCUGCUGUGGAGGGCUCUAUGCCGCUGUAUAUCCAGCCAACCACUUUGGGACACUGACAGGCAUGCAGUCAAUGAUCAGUGCUGCUUUCGCCUUGCUCCAGCAGCCACUCUUCAUACUGAUGCUGGGACACCUCGGUGGAGCUCCUUACUGGAUCAAUUUGGGCCUUCUCAUCUUCUCCCUGGCUGGCUUCCUGUUGCCGGGAUAUCUGUUCUAUCACCGUAGAAACCUGAUCAGGGAAAGGGCAGAGCAUGAUAGGCUGGCUGCCAGCCAAUUAGACAGAGAGAAUGCACCUCUAAACCAAUCAGAUAGUGGAACGGCUAAAAGCCAAGCCAAUGGGCGUGCAGCCAAUGGAUACACACCAAACGGACAACCUGUUUAAGAUGUGAAACAAUCAAUUUAGCUUACAGUUUUUUGUAAUUACCGUUAAGUGGGUUGAAAACUCUUUGCAACUAGCAAAAACAAAACAAGACGAGACUGAACACUGAACAAAUUUAAUUUUUAUUUAAAACAAAUAAAACACAUAGAUUAUAGCCCAGUGUCACAUAUGGGCAGGGUUUGCAUCAGAAUAGGAAGUUCAAACCCUUCAUGCUUCACUUUAAGAAAAAAUUCUUUGACUUUUCACUAAAUUCCAUCAUGUGAUCAUUUCAAAAUGGAAUGACAGCAUAAAGGCUUUGGGUAUGAUUCUCAGCCCUGCUAAAUCCUGUGUGGAGUUUUACACGUUACUCUCCUGUUCAUGGUGGUUUGCUUUCCCCACAAACAUUCUAAAUUUCCCAUAAGUGAGAAUAUGUGUACAUGUGAUGGACCAGUGAACUGCAUACUGGGAAAGGCUCCAGUCCUCCAGCGACAAAGGAGCAUAAAAAUUCAAGGACCAUACCAGUCUUUCUGCACGUUUUAUCCUGUUUACUAUUAACCACAUACGGUAGCUCUUCUACAGUAUUUCCAGCCAUUUUCCAAAGCAUAACUCAACUUUUUAGAUUGUUGAAUGGGCUUGAAACUUGAUUGCAUUAAGAAAUCCAUCACUGUAAACAACAAAAAUACAAGCCAAUAGAGCAAUUAUAUCAGCAAGAUUGAGUAGCUUUUGAAACAAAUACAGAAAUACAUAUUCUUCCUCUUACAAAUGGAAAGUUGAAUUCAUAAACAAAUACAAAGGUACUCAGAGACCUGUCGUUGUAUGUUUAGGAACAGCGCACCAUUCACACAAUAUGACGGGUUCACAAAUAUGCAAUGAAUUUUGUUCAUUUUCCCAUAGGAAAGGGAAAAAUCAUUUGUGUAUCCGCCCUGUGAUUCGGAUCUACUCCAACACUGAAUGGGUGCUUCCUUUGCCCAUUAUACAAAGCAAAUACCUCCAGAAGCUCCAGAUCUGCCCCCGGCUAUCUUCUGCAAAGCUGUCUGUGGGCCAGUAGCAGCUCUCGGCAGUCUUCCCCUGACAACACAGAAAAAGCCCUGCAAUACAUGCACAUUUUUUGAAUUAACCUCUAUUCACGUCUUUGCUUUGACACCCCACAAAUAACACACUCUGAUGAUUUCUUCAUUGAAAACACAUUCAUGCAGUGUUUUGUUUAUUUUAUAAAUUGUAGUGUAAAAUUUUGCUCAUGCCACAGUGGACUUUCGCAUACAACUGUACGUAAUCUCAUUGCACGAAAAAAUUUGCCUCGUUUUUGGGCACCAACACACCAUUACACUCAGGGGUUUUGCCCCUAUAGCCUUAUCUGGUCUGUAGCUUCUGGUUACUAGAUGUUAGCUACUGUUACAAAUAUUAGCUGCAUUUUUCUGUGUUAUGGAAAUCACUAAUUCAGUGACUUUAUGAGUCUCCAAUUAUCCAAUGUCACCUGUGGACCUUUGUAGAACAGUGGCUACUUUAAGUUGUGAUGUUACAAAAAGGGGCCCAAAAAAUGGUAGCAACCCUCUGUGCUUCCAUAUUUUGACAUAGUAAAUAUUGUAUACUAUAUACUAUAUUAUAAAGUGUAUAUAAGAGUUUCACUUGGUAGUUUUUACUCUUGAAAUAGUUACUUGCUAAAUGCAGCACACUACAAUGAAAGCAACAAGCAACAUAAUAACCUGCAGGUAGCAUUGCAAAUUAAACCCCCAGUGGGUAAGGAGUAGUCAGAAUAGCUGAAUGUUAAAUUGAUACACACUCUCAUGUCUGUAUGUUAAUUUGUUGGUAGCCAUUUUAUCUGUACAAAAACAGAAUUCAAGUUUUUCAGCAGGAGUCAAUAUAUACAACUGAUAUUACCACCAGUGUUGUGCAAGUUCACACUCCACAAGCGCUAGCUCAUAGUUCAGUUCACACAGAUUAAAAUGAACUAGUUCAUAUGAAUAUUUCAUAAACUAGUUCCUUUACAAAAUGCUGUUAGUUCAGUUUGGGUUGAGGGACUUUGCGGCUGUUGGCCAGUGGUCUUACCUUUUGUUAAUGAUUUCUUGUGAUCAUCAUUCACUCGCAGAUAUUUCCCACUGGUCAGAUGCUUCAACUCGAUGCGUCGUUUCAAAUCUGUUGCCAAUGUAACGUUCUGACGUGUGCACAAUUUACUGCGUCUGAAUUGCCAAUUGCACUAGCCGCCAUGCUGGCAUGUUGGUCGUCGUACAGCACGGCGCAUGAGCGAGAUUUGUGCUCAUUAGUUGACAAAUGUAUGAAUUCAGUUCACCGUAGAAACAUAAGCAUGUUCAAUGAACAUGCUCUAACACUGAUUAUCCAGGUAGCUCACUGUUUUUGAGUUAAACUUUAAAUGUCCAUUUUGGUAACUGAAACAAAUGGGGAAGAUGCAGAAAUAUGUGAGCUCAGGUCAGGUUUAUGGGUUGCACUUGCACUAGUUUGGUGUAAUUCCUUCUGUAAAGGUGGAAAAUAAAUCUAACUUACUAUUAUGAUUGCAGAUAUGCAUCAGAUAAGAAUGAGAUUAAAAAAAAUAAGAUGAAACCAAAUAAGUUAUUUAACUAAAUUUUGUAAGUUGAAAAAACAUUAUUGAUCAAGCAGCUUUACUAAUUUUAAUUUUGUCAUUUUUAUUUGUACUGUGAAAAAAUGUUUCUCUAACUUACAAAAUUAAGUUAGUGUUGUUUAAAAUAACUUAUAUAAAUGUCACUUAUUAAGUUGACACUAUUUCAAGCUAAUUUAAAGUUUGCUUCUAGCACUCAACUGUAGUUUAUAUUAUUUAGUAAUAAAGAGGCGCAUCAUUUUUUUUCCUGUCAGUUUGGUAAGGUUGUUGUUCUUGCCGUUGGUGGUUCUUCUUUGCUGCUCUUGAUCUUGAAAUGGUUUCAUAUGAAAUCACAGUCUAGGGAUAUUUUAACCAAUCACAGCUCUGUUCAGCCCAGUGUUUCUUAGGACAGAAGUGAGAAGGAGGAGAAGUUGAUGUCACAAAAAGUAACCUCAGUAUCAAAUGACAGAAAACUAGAAGGCUUGUCAUAAAAAUGUAAUUUCCCAAUCCCUAUUUUAGCCUGGGAGGUUACUGCAACAACAGUUCCUCCUCGUCUCCUCUCCUAAAACCUUUCUGAGAUUCUGUGCAGGCACAGAGCAAAAGUAAAUUGAAAAAAUCUAGACUCUUAGGAAAAUGUAUGAGUUACAGUAAAGGAGUUCAUAUAAGAAAAAAGAAGUGUGUUGUAGAAAUAUUGUAGUUGCUAACAAAUAAAGCUGCUCUAUUUUACUGUUACACCUGAAUGCAGAGCCAGCACAUCACUGUGUAUUGCUUUGAACGGCUGCAGGCUGAGAGCACAACAUGGCUUCUAGGCAAAUCUGUACAGUGUUAAUAGAAAAAAUGUGACAACUGUUCAAUGGUAAGAUAUAUCCAGUGAUUACAUAAUGGUAUGUAAAAUAGCUAAAAUGUGUUUUUGUAUGUGUGACAUGAUCUGCAUGCUUGGGACGUGCAUUGGGUUAACCCCUGCAGAGCGCAAUCUGCUGAGUGUUUAAAGGCAGCGAACGCACAAAUAAAGAAAACACCUUAUUUAAAAUAGUGUUUUUUGACAUGCACAUUCUCCUGAUUGCUCAGCUGAGAGCAGCCACCUUAAAAUAUAAUGCAAUCCAACACAAUAACACUGAUACUUAAAUUAUUCUGACAAAACAUAUAUGAAAUUAUAGGCUUCAGAAAGGUAUUAUUUAUUGUUUAUCCAUUGUAUAGGAUUGCAUUACAAUGUACAGGUGCUGCUUUUAUUGUAUCCUACUGUGUGCUAUUAUUUCAUUGUCAUUAACAUCUUUAAAAAAAUUGGAUCAGCAGGGAGAAUAUAAUUUAAAUGUAAAUAACUUUUCUCUAGAGAGCAUAAUAUAUUUUGUGUUACAUUUAUUUGGUUUCUGACUUGAUUUAAAAUGUUGCUUUGAUUUGUUGUGGAGAAUUAAAAACCAUUAUAGACAUUAAA